CCUAUAGAAAGCUUGUGCCUCUACCUGUCUGAUUUACUAAAAACAUGGUAUAAAGAAGGAGGAAUGGAAAGAGAGCAUGCCGCAGUUACAUCGGAGAAGCCUCCUAACGAGGCUUUUUAGUUUGCGGAGAAGGAGAAACAUACAAGGGCGGCUAUUACAAUGAAAUAUUUGGCAAAUGCCCUCCUUAUCUUGUGCUUAUUAGCAGCCUCUUGUGAGGCAAAGGGUCUGGGACGCCGCGCUCGUGCUGCCAUAAGAGCACCUCGCCGGACCGCUCCUAGAAGAGACCCGAAUGAAAAGGUCUUCAACGUGUUACAGUAUGGAGCAAAACCUGGAGGAAAACAGGACAGUGCAUUAUCUUUCAUCCGAGCAUGGAGGGCUGCAUGCAAUUAUAGGGGAACGGCAAGGCUACUUAUCCCCAUGGGAACCUUCUUGAUAGGGGCAACUAUCUUCCAGGGGCCAUGCCUAGGUCCAGUACCCAUUAAGGUUCAAAUUGCAGGAACACUGAAAGCUGUUCCAGACCCUAGCAUGUACGAAGAAGAUUUCUGGAUCUUGUUUGAAAAGAUCAACGGCUUGCUGGUUACUGGUACAGGCACUGUUGAUGGCCAAGGCAAUGCUGUCUGGAAAUACAACGACGGUGGUUCCAGGUUCCCAAGUUCUAUAAAAUUCAAUCAUGUAGUCAAUGGGAUUAUAAGACAGAUCACCUCUGUUAAUCCCAUGGGUUUCCACAUAUCCAUCGUUCUGUCCCAGAACAUCAGGGCAAAAAAUCUUCAUAUAACAGCUCCUGCGACGAGCCCCAAUACCGAUGGAAUCCAUAUAAGCCAAUCCAGUGUGGUGAAAGUAUCCAGAAGUGUUAUCAGCACCGGUGAUGAUUGCGUUGCUAUAAUUCAAGGAAGCACCGAUGUCAGCAUUAAAAAGGUUACUUGUGGGCCUGGACAUGGCUUCAGUGUUGGUAGCCUUGGCAAGUACCCGGAUGAAAAGGACGUGAGAGGAGUCGUCGUGACAAACUGCACACUAAGGAACGCUGACAAUGGAGUUAGAAUCAAAACAUGGGGAGGAUCACCACCAAGCCAGGCUUCAAACAUUCUUUUCCAGGAUAUUAUAAUGGACAACGUUAAACGCCCCAUUAUUAUUGAUCAAACCUAUGGAUCAAAAAGCAACUCGCCAUCAAGGGUAAAGAUAAGCGAUGUUCGAUACAUAAAUAUCAGAGGAACCUCCGCUUCAGCAGUUGCAGUCGAUCUCAUGUGCAGCAAGACUGUUCCUUGUGAAAAACUCUACUUUUCAAACAUCAAUUUGAAGUACUAUGGGCAAAAAAAGCUGCCUUUCACUUCUACGUGUACGAAUGCAAAGGUGAACUAUGCUGGCUACCAAUUCCCACCACCUUGUCGAUAGGUGCUUAAUUGUAGUUGAAAAAACUUCAUUCUUAAUUUCUCUUAUAUAAGGAGAUGGUCCCUUUUUGGAUUUACAGAAAUUAAUAUUAUCAUCUUUCACAAA